CUCUCCCCGCGGGUCUGGCUGCACCGCGCGCUUGUGCCCGGGCCUGGAGGUGUCUCCCGCCCAGCUGUCCAGGCCGUGGCGCGGAGGCACGACGCUCCACAGGCCCCAGAGUGGUGCCUAGGCCUGUCCGUGUGGGCACACCACCGUGCCCUGCAGCCGUGACCCGUGGGCCAUCCCGAAUGGCGCUGCAGGUGGCUCACCAACUCCCAGAGGCACAUCUCCUUUCUUCGCCACGCCGCCCUGCUAAGGAUGUGUCCUGCAAACAGUCCGAACCCCUAACCUCCCCCAGUGCGUUUGACAAGGCAUCCUCAAACCUGGCUGCUGCGAGAGUUGUUCGUUAGUCCAGAGUGGAGCAGCCAGCAGCCCUCCGCACGCGAGGGCGGCCGGUGCAGGAGCCCGCGCUGGGAUGAGCAGCCGAGUCCCGCUGGCAGAGAAGGCCCUGUCGGAAGGCUACGCCCGCCUAAGGUACAGGGACACUUCCUUGCUCAUCUGGCAACAGCAGCAGCAGAAGUUGGAAUUUGUGCCACCUGGGACAUACCUGAGCAGGAGCCGAAGCAUGUGGUACUCACAGUAUGGAAACGAGGCCAUUUUAGUCAGAGACAGAAACAAGCUUGAGGUCUCCCGAGACACAGGACAAUCCAAGUUUUGCAUAAUUAUGUAAUUCCAGUGUGGAAAGCUGCACUCAAGUGCCAAGCCUUGAGGAAAGAGAGACUAAUUUGUUCCGUGGUCCUGUUCAUUUCUUGUCGGAGAUCUUAAAGACCACGAAGAUUGAGCUCCUGUGUAAGAACCCAAGAAGCCCAGC